UUUAUAGAACGGAGUACAUAGUAGCAUGCCCAAAUUAAUAAAGUUUUUGGCUUUAUUGCUCGAAACAAGAUUUCAGGUUCAAAGAGUUGGUCAACAUCAUAAUGCACUAUCCUCAAGGGAAUCAUGGAAUUUAUAAAGAUGGAAGGCCUAUCUAUAUCAAGAGCCUAGGACAAGUCAUCCCGGUCGAUGUCCACACAUUAAAAGUGUCAAGGUUAGAUAUGUGGUUCCGAGUGGAGCUUUGGUUGGUAUCUACGAGGAUCUUGAGCUCAAAGAUGGGGGAUCAAACUACCUUGGGAAGUGUAUCUCUAAAGAUCCAAGAUCCAACUCAGCAGACUGAUAUUGACAACUUCAUGGUCUCUGGAGAGAUGGAACCCAAAACGAGCCGGCUUGUAGCCAAUUGUAUUUUUGCUGUGUGCAAAGCUGGGGUCAUUGACUCAUUGUCUAUGGCAUUCUCUCUACAAAGCGAAAGUAGGAGAGCAAAAGGUAAAAAUAAAUUAGAUGAUAGGGUAAUGUUCGGCACCAACAAAGAUGAGGGGAAAAGGCAAACAAUAAAAAGAAUUAAUGAUUACAUUUUUACGUUUUUUAUGGUAGAUAAUUUUAUAAAUUUUAACAAAAAGGGAAAAUAGUAGAGUUGGUAUAACUAUAGUUAAAUUUCUGAUUUGUAAAUUUCUAUCUUUUGGCUUAUUGCAACAGUCACUGUAUUCUAAGGGAUGUGGUACAAUAGCAAGUUUAUACGUGUCUAUAUUCUGAGUCAUGAAAGCUUUGUAAACUACUUACUUGGCUCUACUUAAGAGCCAAAACCAAUGUAUGCUGACUCUUUCGAGAAUUACAAUCAAGAAGAAAAAGAAAGAUUAUGCAACAAUUACUUUUACGUGGCUUUCUCCGAGAAGUAACAGCAGAGGAAAGUGCCAAUGAGAAGAGAAAUACAAACAACAUGGAUGCAUUGAUGGUUCCAUAGAUUAUAUGAUUCUCUAUAUCUAUCUAAACUUAUUGGUCAUCCGAACAAUUUAACUAAGUUUUACUAAGAAAAUUUUAUAUGCUUCAUAAAGUUCUUUAUGAACUUAACCAAAAAAAUAUAUUGGUUUAAAUUCCAUUAACGUAAAAAUACAUUUUCUUUUGUAGUCUACAUAUUAUGAUUUUAAAGUAGCUAUUGGUUUGAAUCUAUUUUAUUAACUUUAUAUUAUAGUAAUAGACUAUAAGGGAUUAUUAAUUUCAUAGUAAUAUAAUUUUUAAAAAUUCUAAAUGAAUGAGUGUUACUUAAUCCGAGAAUGUAGUAUGACCUUGGCUGGUUUAUUUGAUAAAAGUUUUAAUAGAAUGUGUGUUUACUUAAAUAGUCAAUUUCAGAUUGUUAUGUUAAAAAACAAAUUGUAAAUUGAUUCAUUUUUCACAUUAUCUAAAUCAAUAGGUUUAAGAAUGUAUAAAAAAGUACCAAC